AUGGCUGCUGGCCAGGCUGAGGGCGGGCUGUGAAGCCCUCUCCUCUCCGCAAGUCCAGGAGGCCACCCGGCUGGGACCCUGCUGCCUUCCUUGGCCUGCGCGCUUCCUCUCCCUCCUGCCCUGGGCUGGCUGGUCCAUUAUUUGCCAUAGUGCCCAGUCCAUACGCCCGCCCGCCAUGUCCUCAGGCGGCCUGUCCGCGGUGCUGCUGCUGGCCACCAUGGGCCUGUGUGUCAGCGACGAAGCCAUCCACUGCCCGCCCUGCUCGGAGGAGAAGUUGAGCCGCUGCAAGGCGCCGGUGGGCUGCGAGGAGCUGGUGCGAGAGCCGGGCUGUGGGUGCUGUGCCACCUGUGCCCUGAGCAAGGGGACGCCCUGCGGGGUUUACACUGCUCGCUGCGGCUCCGGGCUGCGCUGCUACCCGCCCCGGGGGGUGGAGAAACCCCUGCACACGCUGAUGCACGGACAGGGUGUCUGCACUGAACUGGCUGAGAUCGAGGCCCUGCAAGAGAGCCUCCAGCCAGCAGAUAAGGAGGAGAUCGACCACCCCAACAACAGCUUCAGCCCAUGUAGCAUCCAGGACCGGAAAUGUCUCCUGAAGCAGCAGGCAAAAACCCGCGACCGGGUGAACAGCGGCGUGAAGAUGAGGAGCAACGGGAACUCGCAUCAUCGGGAGGAGACGAGGCAGAUAGCCCAGGGGUCGUGCCAGAGCGAGCUGCACCGAGCACUGGAGAGGCUGGCCGCAUCCCAGACCCGCACCCACGAGGACUUGUACAUCAUCCCCAUCCCGAACUGCGAUCGCAAUGGAAACUUCCACCCCAAACAGUGUCACCCAGCCCUGGAUGGGCAGCGUGGGAAGUGUUGGUGUGUGGACCGGAAAACUGGCAUCAAGCUGUCGGGAAGCCUGGAGCUGAAGGGCGACUUGGAUUGCCACCAGUCUGUGGACGGCGUUCGAGAGUGACUCGGUGGUAAACGGGGGACAGGGAGAUUUCCUUGGCGACCGGCCGGGGCUGAGCCAACCCAUUGGUGCUGUUUCUGAGUGGAAAGGAAGGGGACACGACCACAAACAAACCUCGCUGGGUUCGGGGGAUGCCAAGAUGUGCUAAUGCCCUCGGGGAACUGCUGUCGCACCCCCUGUACCUAGAGCCGCUCUACCUUGCACCCCUUGAUUCGGACAUUGCAAUUCUACCCUGGGGUCUGUGCACGGACGGGGGCACGCCCUGGCUGAAAGGGGGGUGGGGUUAAGCCUCCAGGCCAGCAUGACCACUAGCAACGAGUAACUCUAGGGACGUCACACUCAGGGGUACGUUACCUCCCAGCCUCUCCGGCCCCGGCCCCUGGCCAGCCUCCCAGUGUGACCCCCUCCCCCAACUCCCCACUUUGCUCUCUCUCGCCCCGGCCAGCGGGGGCUCCCUAGAGGGCUGUCUCCGGGGCAGGCGUGGGGAUGCGCUGCAGCGGCCAGAGGGAAGCAGGGGCUCGUUUGAGAUCACUUUGCCAAAGUCCCAUGACAGAGAGCAACAGACACAGGCCCCCAGGGUCGCCUCAGUGCUGCCACCGAGUAUUUGCCUUAUAAAAGACGCCUAGUCCUGGCCCCGCUCAGGGUGGCUGCAGGACUGUUGGAGUUGCAGCCCUGCCCCCCACUGCCCCCGUUUUUUCCAUAUGGUUUCACCAUAAGGUGUGCUAGGAUUUCCCUGCAGUUCCAUGCCCUUUCUCCCGCGCCUGCGUGGGGCUACAGGCUUGUAUCUAGGGCCCCAGCACUGGGAUCCAUGUCAUUGCAUCCGAAUCUCUGCUCUCAUUUACCAAAAGAAGAAGUGAGUUGCUACCCUCGUGAUGGCAAAGAAACGUGCAAUGAUAUGACCCAAGUGCCACUUACGGCUGCAGUGAGAUCUUCCUGAGUCUUCAGAGAGCCUGAAACAAGAGAGUGGGGGUCCUGCUCUGCUCAUUUCAAUGGGGUGUUAACUCCAGGCUCUGCCAACCCCUCCCCAGCAGAGGACUAUGUAUGGCAGGAAGAGACGCGUGCAGUGGGCUGGUUCCCCCAAACAGAUACACCCCAACAGGUCAGGUAAGUACUGGGGGGAAGGGGGGAGGAUUGCUGCCAUGCCUGCCUGUCAAGGGAGAAGGGGAGCCCCAGCCCUCCCCAAGAGGAGAACUAAUGGGCUGCCCACCAGACAGUUCAUGUGUGGGUGAUUGGAGGGGCGAGCCAGGGGAGGCCCCUUGUUGCAAUGUGCCUGGGAUCCUGAAUUGCAUUGAUAUGGCCUGUUGACACACAGGGCAGCAUGUAUCUGUGUCAGUGACAUAUGUGUGGGUGGGAGCAGGAGACAUCUGAGAAGGUCUCAGGGAGGCAGGUAGCAAUGGACACAAGAUCUCUCUCUCCAGCGUUUCCUGACUCGUCGCUCGCACUUACUGUGACCCCCACAAGAUCUGCCUCUCAGACUCCCUGCAGUCACGCGAUUCGGGGAAAACUUUUCCGUGCUGUUACCAAGUGGGACAUUUCUCGCCCUGCUGGCUGCAGGGACCAGCCUGAACGCGUGACCCAGGGGCACCCAAAAGGCUGCAAACCCAGAAGACAAAUAAAACGAGACCCAAACCGAUCGCUUUUAGAUCACCCUUUUUUAAAGCCAGCCUCGUGGAGUUUUGAGGCCAGCUGCCUUGUGUUGGACUGCAUGCAGCGAGGCCCCCGCGCUCAGCCAUGAGAACGUGUGGGGUGGGGGGAGUCGCAGGCUUAUUUCUCAGCACAGCCCAGGAACGCGGUUGCCACCCCACAAUGGGACCUUCCUUCUUAUUCAGAGCUAAGGCAACGUUUCCCCGGCAAAGCCCUGGUCUGCGGGAGCAGACGGACAGUGGGUGGUGGGGAUUGGCCACCUCGGAGCUCUCCCUCCCCUCUAAUGGCCAGGUGGACACGUGUUGUGUCUAGGGUUGCCGAUUUUCUAGUCGCACAAAACUGAACACCCUAGCCCUGCCCCUUCCCCAUAGGCCCUGCCCC